AUGGAUGUUGUUCUUGAAAUUGACAAAUAUUGUAUUAGGGUGGGGGUGGCAGGAGAGGUUAGUCCAGUAGUUGUGCCUAUCUGCUUUGACUAUAUAGGAGAGUCAUCGUAUUUGGAGGACCAUGCCUUGACCAAAGAACAGGCGCAAUCAAUACUAGUGCAGUUAAAUUCGGAAAGCCAGCAGCUAUUUGAAGAGUAUCGCCAAUCCUUGGGUACAUGGUUGGAUAUAGAGAACGUGUCAUUUAGCUUACUACAGAAACUUAUUUAUGCUGCAUUUAAGGAAUUGCCCGUUAACCCCAAGCGGUGCUUUGUUGUUGAUCACCGGUUCUCAGAAAAACUACAGCGGGCAAUAUGUUCCAUCUUGUUUGAGUAUCGGGCCAAGUCGGUUGUGUUUAUACCGGGAGCAGUGCUAGCGGUAUUGGGAAGCAACAGAAGAGAUGGAUUAUGGGUUGAUGCCGUACGAAAGACAAUACAUAAAGUGAUAGAUUUGAGAGAGAUUGGCGUUUACAGCAUAGAUGUGGAUAUAAAUACAAUUAUACAAAGAAGCGACAUAGAUAUACGCAAAACACUAAGGGAAAAUAUUAUUAGCAACAUGGAUACCGUUGGGAGCUGGACAGCGUGUUCUUUAUAUGUUCGUGAAGUGGCUACUGGUUGGCCCGAGAUUAGGAAAGAUAUAUAUCCCUAA